AUGGGGUUGCUGAAGCCUUCAUGUCGCUCAGAGAGUGAUGAUGAAGACUAUGAUGCAGACUCUGAUGAGCAAGUUGAUUCCAAACAGAGGUUGCAACCACCUGCGAAGGCACCAAUGAAGAAUGACUACCAGGACCCUACAACUCAUGAAAACACGGCCUUCAUCAAACCUACGGGCUUGGAGUUGGAGAGGAAGUCUGCCUCCUUGGCUUCUGGCGGACCCACAGGAGACCAACCGGACAGGACAACGCAGCCCCAGGCCCCCGAGCAACACCUAAGUGCCAAGGAGCUUUUUCCCGAAUUUCAGCCGGGCAAGGUGUUGCGUUUCCUUCGUCUCUUUGAGACAAAUGCCAACUCCUACUGGCAGAGGGCAGGGAGGAAGGGGAAGACCCAGCCCCAGAAGAAAGCACAGAGCCAGGAAGGGGUGAAACGUUGUGAUGCUGAGGCCAAGUCUCCGUGGGAAACUCCACGUGCACCUCCUCCCCCACCAGAAGAGUGUCUCUCAGAUGAUGAGCUGAAGAUGAUGGCACCACUGGAAACCAACCAAUCGACUGCAGAAAAAGUGGCUCCCACAAAGAUCAAGGUGGCUGAGUGGCGCUAUGGACCAGCCUGUCUGUGGUAUGACAAGAUGGCAGUCCCGGAAGAUGGCAGUGGCUUUGACUAUGGCUUCAAAUUGAAAAAUCCAGAGGAUGAUCUAGGAGUGAAGACAGACCGGGUGGAGAAGGUGAGCAAUUGGGCAGCAAAGGAAGCAGUUGGCUUGUUGUCCCCUGAGAACUUCCUGAUGGUAACCCAGCAGCAUUGGGAGGAUGAAGUCAUCUGGGAUAUCAAGGAUGUCAAAGAUAAAGAGCCGAAUCCACAACGUGUGAGACAGGCGGGCUGGAUUCCCUACAACAGCAGGUCCAUGGGGAAAGCGUGCCCGACCACGAAAGCCACCCCAAGCAACAACAAGCCCUGGAAUUCCAUUUUCCCCAUUGAAAAUGAGGAGCUGGUGUAUGAGCGCUGGGAAGAAAACAUCAUCUGGGAUGCCCAGGCUAUGACCAGACUCAUGGAGCCUCCAGUUCUGAGCCUCGACCUCAACGAUGAAGACCUCCUUUUUGAAAUUCCAGAAUCACCUGAAGACAAAGAGACACCAUCCAUUUCCUCCAAGAACAAGGUGGAAUCUUCCCAGAAGAGGCAAAUCCCAGGGAUCAAGGUGAUAAGCCCUGAAAAAAAAAAUCAUAAAAAAUAUCUCUUUGUAUUUGGUCACCAGAAAGUAUCCCUGAAGGACCCCUGGAACCUGUCCAAUGAUGAGUUUUACUAUCCCACAAAAGAGGAUUUACGAGGGACACUGAAGGGGAUCAUCCAGCACGCAAUCCCAGCCAUGGAACUGCAGCUGCCCUUCUUCCCCACCUACAUGGGCCCCACCAAACUCCGGCAAUUCCAUCGUCCUCCUCUGAAGAAGUACAUCUCCGGGCCCCUGUCCAAACCAGGACCGCACCCCAUCCGGUCCCUGCUGAGUCACAUCCAGAAGAAAGCCCAGAUGAGAGAGCAGGAGAGGCAGGCCUCGGGAGGCGGGGAGAUGUUCUUUAUGCGCACGGCCCAGGACCUCACCGGUAAAGAUGGAGAUCUGGUUCUUGCCGAAUACAGCGAGGAGUAUCCACCAUUAAUGAUGCAGGUCGGCAUGGCAACCAAGAUAAAGAACUACUACAAACGGAAACUCGGAAAGGAUUCUGGAGCACCAGCCUGUGAGUACGGAGAAACUGUUUACUGCCACACGUCUCCUUUCCUGGGUUCUCUCCAACCUGGCCAGCUGCUGCAGGCUUUCGAAAACAACCUCUUCCGAGCCCCGAUCUAUAACCACAGGAUGCCGGAGACUGAUUUCCUGGUCAUCCGGAAACGGCAGGGCUACUACAUCCGAGAAGUGAAGGACAUCUUUGUGGUUGGCCAGGAAUGUCCCCUGAUUGAAGUCCCGGCCCCUAAGUCCAAAGGAGCUGCUACUCACAUUCGGGACUUUCUGCAGGUUUUUAUUUACCGCUUGUUCGGGAAGAGUAGAGACCGGCCGCCACGGAUCCAGAUGGAGGAUAUCAAGAAAGCUUUCCCUUUCCAUGCGGAGAGCAGCAUCCGGAAGAGGCUGAAUGUCUGUGCCGACUUCCAGCGCACAGGAAUGGUCUCAAACUGGUGGGUCCUCAAGCCCAACUUCCGCUUACCUACCGAGGAGGAGUUACGAGCCAUGGUGUCUCCAGAGCAGUGCUGUGCCUAUUAUAGCAUGAUUGCCGCUGAGCAGAGGCUGAAGGAUGCUGGUUAUGGGGAGAAGUCCUUCUUGGCCCCAGAUGAAGAGAAUGAAGAAGGCUUCCAGAGUAAGAUCGAUGAUGAGGUGCUCACAGCUCCUUGGAACACCACCCGGGCCUUCCUCUCUGCCCUGAAGGGAAAGUGCCUCCUCGAUGUGACUGGUGUGGCGGAUCCCACAGGCUGUGGGGAGGGAUUCUCUUAUGUGAAGAUCCCAUUCAAACCCCCCCCAAAGGAUGACAAGGAUUCCCAGGCAGUGAGAAAGACCAUCAUGGGCACAGAUGCUGACCUCCGUCGUCUCUCUCUUAAGAAGGCCAAGCAGCUUCUCCGCACAUUUGGUGUGGCUGAGGAAGAGAUCAAGCAGCUGUCCCGCUGGGAGGUGAUUGACGUGGUGCGCAGAAUAUCCACAGAACAGGCCCGUUCAGGGAUGGACAUCAUGAGUAAGUUUGCCCGAGGACUGAGGGGCUCUGUGGCCGAGACUCAGGAGCGCUACAAGAUGGAAUGUCAGAGGAUCUUCGACCUCCAGAACAAGAUUUUGGCAUCCACGGAGGUCUUAUCGACAGACUCUGACAACAGCUCCUCUGAUGAGGACCACAUACUAGAGGAGAUGGGGAAGAACAUAGAGGACCUUCUCGAGAACAAAAAAACCCCCUCCCAGCUGCAUCAUUAUAGGGAAGAACAGGAGCGGAAGCUGCUUCAGAAGAUGUUUCUGGGGGAAGGUGGUGGUAACAAGGGAAAGGACAAGAAGACCGAACAAACUCCGACAUCCAAGAACUCUGUCAAGAAUGGCCAGACCCGUGGGCCCAGUUCCACCCCAUCCACGUCAGGCCGGCGCUUCCUCAAAAUCUACCGCACGUUUAAAGAUGAUGAUGGCAAGGAGUAUGUCCGCUGUGAAACUGUCUGUAACCCAGCUGUCAUUGAGGCUUACAGCCAGAUCCGGACCACCAUGGAUGAGGAGUCCAUCCGCAGUAUUGCCCUGUCUGAUCGGAAGUACCACUUGGAGUUGCGGAAAGAGCGACGCAGGAUCCAGGACCAGCUGAGGCGGCUCAGGCGGAGCCAGGAGAAAGCAAAGCUCCAGGGCCCACCUGAACAAAAGGCCAAGUGCAAGAUAAAGACCCUUCCUGACCUGAAGCUGAAAUGUGGGGCUUGCGGUGCAGCUGGACACAUGAGGACAAACAAGGUCUGUCCUCUUUAUAACCCAACCCACACCCUCCCCUCCACCUCUGUCGCCAUGACAGAGGAGCAGGAGACAGCAUUGGAGAAGGUGACCUAUGACAGCAAUGCAGAAGUCAUUAAGAUGGAGGGGACCAAGAUUGUGUUUAAUAAGCAACUGUUUGAAAGGGCUGAAGAAAUACGCCGGAAGAGCCUGGUCCUGAAGUUCCCCAAAGUGUGUCUCCCUCCCAACAAGAAGCGGCGAGUUGAAGCAGAUGUCCACUGUGGCUCCAUUUCUGCUCCUAAGGAAAUGCUGGGAAACAGGAGCCUUGUGGAUGCAGAAAGAAAGUACGGGUGGCCACAGCAAAAGCUCCACUGGCAGGAGCGGCAGCAGAAGUUGCGACAGCAGCGGCUGCAGAAGUCCCAGGAGCCACAGAGGCAGCCACAGCAGCAGCAGGCACAACAGCAACCACAGCAGCUGCAGGAGCGACAGCCACAGAAGCUGCGGCUGCAGCAGCCACAGCAGCAGCCCCAGAAGAUGCAGCAGCAGCCACAACAGCAACCACAGAAGCUGCAGCUGCAGCAGCCCCAGAAGAUGCAGCAGCAGCAGCCACAACAGCAACCACAGCAGCUGCAGGAGCGACAGCCACAGAAGCUGCAGCUGCCACAGCAGUCGCAGAAGCUGCAGCAGCAGCAGUCACAAAAGCUACAGCAGCAGCAGUCACAGAAGCUGCAGCAGCAACUCCAGUGGCAGCUGCAGCAGCAGCAACUCCAAUGGCCACUGCAGCAGUCGCAAAAACUACAGCAGCAGUCACAGAAGCUGCAGCAGCAACUCCAGCGGCAGCUGCUGCAGGCACAAAAGCUGCAGCAGCCACAGCAGCAGCCACAGCAGCAACAGUCACAGAAGCUGCAGCAGCCACAGUGGCAGCCACAGCAGCAACAGUCACAGAAGCUGCAACGGCAGCCACAUCAGCAGCAGUCGCAGAAGCUGCAGCAGCAACUCCAGUGGCAGCUGCAGCAGCAGCAACUCCAAUGGCCACUGCAGCAGUCGCAAAAACUACAGCAGCAGUCACAGAAGCUGCAGCAGCAACUCCAGCGGCAGCAGUCGCAGAAGCUGCAGCAGCAACUCCAGCGGCAGCUGCUGCAGGCACAAAAGCUGCAGCAGCCACAGCAGCAGCCACAGCAGCAACAGUCACAGAAGCUGCAGCAGCCACAGUGGCAGCCACAGCAGCAACAGUCACAGAAGCUGCAACGGCAGCCACAUCAGCAGCAGUCGCAGAAGCUGCAGCAGCAGCAGGCCCAGCAACAACCAGAGCAGCAGCAAUCACAAAAGCUGCAGCAGCCACAGCGGCAGCAGAAGUCCCAGGAGCAGCAAUGUCAGCCCCAGCGGCAGCAGUGGCAGAAGCUGCAGCAGCAGCAACCCCUGGGGAGACCCCAGCAGCUGCAGCAGAAACCUCAGGGACCGCAGCAAUGGCAGCCUCAGUGGCGACCACAAAAGCAACAGCAGCCCCAGCCUCAGCCCCAGCAGCAGAAGCCGCAGCAGCUACAGCAGCAGCGGCAGAAGCCCCAGCAGCGGCCCCAGCAGCAGCGGCAGCCGCUUAGUGUCCUGUAUGAGGAUCUGCUCCUGUCAGAUGACAAUGAUGAAGAGUGGUGA